UCAUUCUGAUUGAUCUAAGAAGGAACCUGAGCCUCCAUUUGUAUCAUAGUGCGUUUUUUUUUUUUUUCCCCCUCACCCAGUUUUCAUUUCUCAGAUUUGCCUACGGGACUCGAAGUGGAUUUACUGAACAUUUUUACCAAACAGUAUAACAGACUCUCCUUCAUACCAGCAGGAGAUCAAAGAACAUGGGAAUCUUCCCCUCCAGAUUCAGUGACAACCAGACAGUCACGGAAAAUACACCAGAACCUUUUACAUCAGACUCUGAGGAAAGCUUCACUGUGUCCCUCUAUGACUUUCCAUCAUUUGGUGGAACCGAGUUGGUCAUGAGCAUCGGGGAGAGGCUUACAAUCUUAUCAGAUGACGGAAAUGUUUUGAUGGUAAGAUCAUCUACCACAAACAGAGAGAUGUAUAUUCCAGCCAGCUAUACUGCUAAAGUUACACAUAGAUGGCUGUUCACUGGUAUCAGCAGGCACAAAGCAGAAGAGCUCCUCAUGAGACCUCAAAACCACAUUGGAGUCUUCUUGAUCCGACAGUCAGAGUCAAAACCAGAAUGUUUUUCUCUGUCUGUCCGGUGGAGAGUCAAUAUUUUGUACUCAGAAUGUGUGAAGCACUACCUCAUCUUACGACACCAAAAUGGCCGAGUCUUCAUAACGCCAAAACGCUCCUUCUCCUCACUAAAACAUCUGGUGGAUUAUUAUUCAGAGUUUGCAGAUGGACUUUGCUGUCGGCUGAAUGGUCCCUGCUUCAUUCGGGGUUUGGAUGUCCCCAGAGACAACAGGCUUGUCCUACCCAAAGUCAACAGGAGGUCCAGCAACAAGUGGAAAGAUGCUAGCAGAUCUAUGAUUCUGAAAAGGCGAACAGGAUCUGACAACUCACUGGUGAGUGAGGGACUGAGAGAGGCCAUCAGCUCUUACCUCCAAAUGACGGAAAGCAACAAUCAUGGAUGGGACACGAGCUAAAAAGUUCACAAAAAAUGAAAAAGCGCUUCAUAGUGUAUAUAUAUAUAUAUUUUGUCCCAUUGAGGAUGUCUUUUCCUUAAUUUAUUUUUGACUGCUCUCCAUAUGUAUAUUUACUGUAUAUGAAUGUUCAUAGUAGUAGAAGGGCGAGUCUAUCUACAUCAAAUGGAUUUAAAGGAAAAAAAGUUGUGCUUUUUACAGAUACACCUACAAAUGAUUUCUUCAGAAUUCGCAUGUAAGUAGUGUAAAAUACAGAUGCCAAGACAAAAUAUGGCAGUUGGUAGCUGGAGUUGUCCUGUGACUGAAGGGUCAGCGGUUCGAUUCCCGGCUAUGACUGCCCACUGUCGAAGUGCCCUUGGGCAAUACACCCUAAUUUGACCCCAAUGGGUUGGCAGUGCCUUGCAUGGCAGCAGCACCAUUGGUGUGUGAAUGUGUGUAUGAAAGGGUAAAUUUGUCCUAAUGUAAAGUGCUUUGGGCAUGGUAACCAUGUAUAUCAUUGCGCUUUAGAAGUGCUGUCCAUUUACCAAAAUGAUAAAUAAAUAUCAAUGUGUUAAUAAAUAUGGAAAUACUAAUCAUAAUAGUACUGUGUUUUCUGAAUAGCUUCAGUGAGACACUUUUUUUAGCCAUCUACCAGUCUUUGACAUCGGUCUGAAGAACGUUUGCCCCACCCCUCAACAUAGAAUAUUUUCAGCUGUGAGAUGUUUGAGGUGUUUUUUUGCAUGUACAGCAUGUCACCCCACAGCAUCUCAAUGGGAUUAAGAUCUGGGUUUUGACUCGGCCAUUCCAGGACUCUCCAUUUCUUCCUUUUCAGCCAGUCUUUGGUGGAUUUACUGGUAUG